CUGAAUUGCCAUCGUGAAUAAAUAUACCUCACGUGUACGUGCGAUAAGAGCGCGUAUCGAUUGUUCUGCCGUUUCCACGUGCAUCAUCUUCGUUCUCCUGGACAAAGCAGUCGAUGGCUCUUUCUUGGAGGUUACUAACCAUCUCCAGAUUGGCCGAGAAAUCACGUGAGCCGAUAUGUCGAUUCCUGUCGAUCAGUCCAAUUCGCCAAGGCGUCGUGGUGCCGUUCAAACUAGCAGACAUCGGUGAAGGAAUUCGAGAUGUUACAGUGAAGGAAUGGUUCGUGAAGCCUGGUGAUCGAGUCAGUCAGUUUGACAAUCUUUGCGAGGUACAGAGCGACAAGGCAUCCGUGACGAUCACAAGUCGCUACGAUGGCAUCAUCAAGACUCUGCGUCACAAGGUGGAUAGCGUCGCCUUGGUGGGCGAGGCGUUAUUGGACAUCGAGAUAGAGGACGACUCAGUGAGCAGCGCUGAGAAAGACGCAGAAAAUAGUGGAAAGAACGAUGUGGAUCAGACGGUAGACACUUUGGGCAAGGAUGAGAAGAUGGACAGUAUGGAAUCGAUGGAUUACAUCCCGCCAAGAAUUCUGACAACCCCGGCGGUUAGAAGAAUAGCUAAGGAAAAUAAAGUGAAUUUGAUGGACGUGGUGGCGACUGGUAAAGGUGGAAGAGUGUUGAAGGAGGACAUGCUCGUACAUUUACAGAAGAUCUCUGUAGAUCCGAAUCAACUGACCAAGCAGGAUGUUCCAGAGCAGACGUUUGGAAGUGUAACGGGCAAGACGGUUGCGAUGAAGGGAUACACGAAACACAUGUGGAAAACCAUGACACAGUCUCUGAGCAUACCGCAUUUCGUGUAUAGCGACGAGUGCAACGUGAACCGAGUGAUGCGCUGCCGAAACGAGGUGAAGGAUGAGUUGGGGAAACUGGGCGUUUCGCUAACUCUCAUGCCGUUCUUCAUCAAGGCGGCCUCGAGAGCGCUGCAGCAGUAUCCCAAGCUGAACGCUUGGCUCAACGAGGAAGAUCAGACGUUGCGUCUCAUAGACAAUCACAACAUCGGCGUAGCCAUGGACACGGCGGAUGGUCUGGUGGUGCCAAAUAUCAAGAAUGUGCAGAACCUGAGUAUACUCGAGAUCGCAAAGAAAUUGAACAGGCUUCAGGAACUCGGCAAGAAGACGUCAAUACCGCUCGGCGACUUGACCGACACGACCUUUUCCUUGUCGAACAUAGGCAUGGUCGGUGGUACGUACACAAAGCCAGUAAUCUUGCCGCCACAAGUGAUGAUCGGCGCGUUCGGACGGGCGCAGAAGAUGCCACGAUUCGACGACGAGGACAACGUGGUGGCUGUGAAUGUGAUGGCAGUCAGCUGGUCCGCGGACCAUCGUGUCCUCGACGGCGUCACGGUGGCAGAAUUCUCAAAUUUGUGGAAACACUACGUAGAGAAUCCGCAACUGCUGAUGAUCGGUGCGUGAGAGACACACUUGGGGAAAAUCUCUUGAGGCGCGUGAGAAUGUCCGACGAGCGAAGUCGGCAGGUCGUGCUAUCGUGUGUUCAUGAUAAUUUAUGUCAAAUGGAGACAGGUUGAGAAGAGGCGAUGUAUACUUAUAAUAGACAAGAGAAUUUUUUACGGUAAUUGGAUGGAACGUUUUUAAGGACAAUUGAGGAUUACGUUAUAAGAUGCUUUUAUAUUCGUUGGAACAAUAAAUCGUUACGCUCCCCUUUUA